CCGCUUUAAAUGUCAGACACUACUUCCGGUGUCGCCACCUCCUUUGUCUCCGGCCCAAAAUUUCGACACCAGUGGUUCUUUUUUUUCUCCCGUUUAGUUUUGAGGAUAUAUUUAUAUAUAUCCCUAUUUUUUUGACAUUGAAUGACAUUCGAUUCUGAACUAUUUAUGCCUAAAAGUAAAGCGCCAAAAAUGGAUGACCUGGACUACAUCCCAGUAGACCUGAGCCCAGAGGAGCGUUCUGAGCUGGAGGACAUCCGUAGGAGGAAGGGCGUCCUGCUGCAGGAGAUCCAGAGGCUCAGAGAGGAGUUACGAGAGGCAAUUUUAGAGGUAGAGGGACUGGAGACAAGCACAGAGGGCAGUAAAACUCUACAGAAAAGUAGGCAUGUGGCAAUGGGAAGGAAGAAAUUCAACAUGGAUCCUAAAAAGGGCAUUGCAUUUCUGGUGGAGAAUGAGCUGCUCAGACACACUCCAGAGGACAUUGCUCAGUUCUUAUACAAAGGAGAGGGCCUCAACAAGACGGCUAUAGGAGAUUACCUCGGAGAAAGAGAUGACUUCAACAUCAAAGUCUUGCAGGCUUUCGUUGACCUCCAUGAGUUUACUGAUCUCAACCUCGUCCAGGCCCUCAGACAGUUCCUGUGGAGUUUCCGUUUGCCUGGUGAAGCUCAGAAGAUCGACAGAAUGAUGGAAGCCUUUGCUCAGAGAUACUGCCACUGCAACCCCGGUGUCUUCCAGAGCACUGACACAUGUUACGUGCUUUCUUUUGCCAUAAUUAUGCUGAACACGAGCCUCCACAAUCCUAACGUGAGAGACAAACCUGGAGUGGACCGCUUCAUCUCGAUGAACCGAGGGAUCAAUGAGGGGGGAGACCUACCAGAGGAGCUGCUCAGAAAUCUCUACGAAAGCAUUAAGAACGAGCCCUUCAAGAUCCCGGAAGAUGACGGCAAUGACCUGACACACACCUUCUUCAACCCUGACAGAGAGGGCUGGCUUCUUAAGCUUGGGGGAAGGGUGAAAACCUGGAAACGUCGAUGGUUCAUUCUCACAGAUAACUGCCUUUAUUACUUUGAAUAUACCACAGAUAAAGAGCCACGAGGUAUCAUUCCCUUGGAAAACCUUAGCAUUCGAGAAGUAGAAGACCCAAGGAAACCUAACUGUUUUGAGCUGUACAUCCCCAACAACCGUGGUCAGCUAAUUAAGGCGUGUAAGACGGAGGCUGAUGGGCGAGUAGUGGAAGGAAACCACAUGGUGUACCGCAUCUCUGCUCCCACACCUGAGGAGAAGGACGAGUGGAUCCACAGCAUCAAAUCUGCCGUUAGUGUGGAUCCCUUCUACGAGAUGCUUGCUGCCAGGAAGAAACGUAUAUCACUUAAGAAGAAAGAGGAGCAGCCAUAGAUCACGCCCUUCGCUCUCUCCCUGUCUUCCUCAGCUCCUUCAUCCCUGCUCCUUACAACUCGUUCAUAAGUUUUGAUAACCCCUCCUUCCUUAUCCCUAAUAGCCGUCUCUUCCUUUUCUGAGGACUCUUCCUUGCUGCCCUAUCUGCCAGACUUUUGAAAAGCCACAUUCAGAGUGAGAAACUCACCCUGUGUGGCUGCCUCUUAUCUUGGUUCUUACACUACUGCUGUUACACACUACAGGCGUGUGUUAGACCAUAUUCACACCAGUGCUGAUCAUCUCUAAAACAACUUUUUUGGCCUUUAAGCCACACUCAUUAUACUUGGUAAUGAGGGACCUGGAAAAGCUAAGAUUAGCUAAGUCUGCACCUCACAGGAACUAAAAGGUUUCUUUAUGCUGCUGGUUGUCUGCGUUACUAAACAUCUGCGAACAUUUGGGACGUUUGAUGUUUUCAGUGGAACUACUCACACAAAGUCUUGGAAUCCGGCACUUUUCUCAUGUGAAUUUGAGCUUUAGGGUUUAAAUUCAGUAAGUAACAAUAAUGACUCACUGCUUUGUGACUGGCUUGAACUUUCAGACAGUAAGGCCGGAUUUAGACUUCUGCAGGGAAUCUAGGUAGAGCCUACGGGAUAACCCACGUAAGCAGCUGACGUUGUUAGCGGCAUUUACGCUUCCGUAACAUGUGGCUGUGUCCCAGUGUUUUAUAUGCUGCUGGGUCCCCACUCUUUGCUGCCAUCAGUCUUUUUGUUUUUAUUAGGGGUAAACCUAUUUGUCCUUGUAGCUUUUCCACUUCAAUGUACAUUCCCUCAUGCCCAUGUCGAUAGUUUCAGUAAUUUCUUAUUACUGCAUCGACCCAAUGUGUAGUUACAUUUGUAGGGAGGUCCACGUCAGGUUACGCUGUAGGGUUACACAUGGGUUUGCAGUAAGGGCGUAGCUACAGCGCAGAUUUCCCACUGAAGCAUAAAUCCCCAGUAUCAGCACCAGUAUCAUUAAGCAAAGAUCUUUUUGGGGGAGGGGGGUAUAAUAAUGCUCGCGCGACUUGAUUUAGGCCUUCUCUCUCUGCUGAUCUUGUCCAUUUUUGUGAGUCUUGCAGUUGCAUUUUAUCACAUAGACCCCCUACAAAUAGCAGCGAGUUGUUCAGCAUAAACACUCUAGGCUGACUUGAGCCCCUGCCUAUGCCUGUUGGAAAUUUUUCUUUUUUGGCACAUGUAGUGGAUUUUUGGAAGGUGAUAUGAAGAGCAGGUGUGGAUCCAAAACCAAUGAAACAAACAUCUGUCAGAGAUUCGUCUGCAUUAGUGUGAAUGUGGUCUUUUUCAGGUUAGAAGUCCUCUGAACCUAAACGAGACAUUGCCUUUCUUGAUUGUGCAUACCCUACACCAGGGGUGGGCAACGCCAGGCCGCGAGGGCCGGUGUCCCUGCAGGUUUUAGAUGUGUCCUUGAACCAACACAGCUGAUUUAAAUGGCUAAAUUAGCUCCUCAACAUGUC